GUUUGUGGUUUCUGACCGGCAAAAAAAGUCAAGGCACCAAGCGGCCGGCAGAAUGACAAAACAAAAAGGGGCGUCGGCGAACGGCGUCGAACUCAACGGCUCUCCUGAAGCUAUUGGCAAGAAAGGGACAAGAUUCAAUCGUCCGCCCAUCUUGGACGCCGCGAGGAGGAAAAAAAAAGACAAAAUCCUCCAGAGGCGCCAACUAGUCGAGCUAAAGGCAAUCCUAGCUCCGCCUGUUCCCCCCGUCGCACCCGGUCGCCAUAUGGCAGUCAUCAUUGGAACGCUUGUUCGCAACGUCGGGUUUAGCGGACUAAUGCAGGUGGUUUGGUGUAAUGACAAUACCUAGGGAACCUCCCCGCCUGAAGCUCCUUCACGGGUUAUUUGCCCCGGUUACAACUCGAGUCCAGGGUGUGAGACAAGCUUGCAUGCCUCAUUGUGGUAUGGUAUUUGGGUGUGUGUUACUUCUUACUUGAUUGUGAUGCCGAGGAGGAGCAAUCCAGGUUGCCGAGGCGCGCUUUAGGAAUUUUGUGGAAGACACCAAGAAAUGACAGUUCCAAGGAACGCUUAUCCCCUCUUCAGAAUUCCCGACUUUUGCUUGGAAAUGAUUGCCCGAAAUUGACGACCCAGAACUCCAAGGCCCAGGUGCGAUGUCCUAGAUGGGAUGUGAUAAGGAAGAC